GAAAGCCCUCUUAGGCCGUUUCAAAUAGCGCUAAUAACCCUUCGCUUGUGAGUACUGCAUUCUCCCUGUUUCUACGUCGUGGUCGCCAUGUUGACAAAAUGCCGAUAGAGAAACGGAAGUCGCAUUCUGCACGUUACCGUGCUUCCCUUGCUCAGAACAUCGCUAAGAACGGUUUUGUCGUUAUGCCUUGCUCUUGGUGCGCGUCACAAGGCCUCGUUUGCAAAAUGAUCGCGCGUACGAAGCGUUACGAAGCCUGCGUUCGUCGAGGUCGUUCUUACAAUAGCUCUAGUAUACCGCUUUCUUCCUUGGAUCGCAUUCUCCAGGAGCAGCGUCGUAUCAAGGAUGCUGAACGUCGUGCCGAACUUGAGCUAGAUAAAUCUCAACGCCGUCUAGAAGAAGCCCAGCGCGAGUUGUCCGAAAAGCUUACGCGGCUCUAGCGUCUUCGUCAGCAGAAGGAGUUUUUGGUAGAGAAAGGUGCCGACAUGGUGGCGCGUGGUCUAUCGACCUUGGACGAGUUGGAGGAGGUUGAGCGGCAAGAGACGCCUGCUAUGCCCUCGUCACAGAUUAAUGAUACUGUCGAUGCUGUCGACUAGGGCGCCGUCUUUGGUUCUGUCCCGGGUUUUCCUUUGGUCGAUCCGGAUUCUGCCGGUAGAACUGUUCCAGUUUCUUAGGGCAGUUCAAAUUCUUGACUAGUUCCUAUGAGUUGUCCUCUAGUCCAAAAUCAAGCCAUUUGACCAGGUACUGCAGUUCCCCGUUGAUGAUGCGUAAAUCUAGAAUUUCUUCGACGUCCCA